AGCUCAUACACACCACCACACUACACUCAGCACUGAGUUUUCCUGCUGCACUUCUCUGAUUGCCCGGCCUUCACCAUGGCUCUGGCUGGUCUACAAACCUGUACCAUUGUCCUGGUUUGUACUCUUGCUCUGGUGGUUAAUGCAGACGAGGACUGCAAAACUGACGGCAGUGACUGCAGGUGUUCCACCUCUAAUGUCACGAUCGACCUUAGACAGAUCUUCUCAACCCUACCGGCCACUACAGUAGCUGGCGGCAGCAAGUACGACAUCACUUACAUGCCGUGUAACCCUCAGGUCUGUCCUCUUGCAACAGGAGAUCCGAGUGUGGUAUGUCAAGUCCAGCACGAUAAACCAACUACCGUGUUCUCUCUCGGGCGAGCCAAUGGCCUUAAAUGGACGCUAACCCAGUACAAUCCUCUGGAGUUUGAGAUCCAUUAUGUCGGUGGAGAUGGGGACAGAAAGACUAUUAUUUCCUUCAAGCAUGGGACGGGAUCUACGGUAUUCUCAUAUGAUCAAGAGAAACCAGAACUAACCUAUGAUUUCAAUGUGGUUGGGUCAUCAGUAGCUCCAGCAAAUGGUGGAGGAGGUGGUGGUAGCAGUGGCAAUGUUGCUGGACCCAUUGGCAUCAUCCUAAUCUUCCUGGCUCUCGGAGGGUUGGUGGCCUACUUUGUGGUGGGAGGUAUCUUCAUGUACGCUCGGAGAGGCGCAAGAGGUGUGGAGGUCAUCCCCAACUAUACCUUCUGGAAAGACCUUCCCUUCCUUUUGAAGGAUGGUCUCUUUUUUCACGAUCAGUCCAUGCUACAAGAGGGAAAAAUAUCAAGGACUUUAGCUAGCUAGGCAUGCUGUAGCUGCAUUAUAAAGAGUAGAGUUGUUUCUCUCUUUUCCCCUGUGAGAUAUCUUUACGUUUGGUCUAUAAACUGUUCUGCUAUUCAUAGACAUGCCCACGCACAAUUUUCUGCCUACCGUCACAUGGGGCGGCGUGCAUGUCGCGUGUCAACAGCUAACCAAUAGACUAUAGCCAGCUACCUCUCUUAGCUAGACGACAGAGGACGCUGCUAUAUAGCUAUAUAGCUGGAGAGGUCCCCUGGGAGACAGAGAGAUGGCUCCAGGUCUACUUGUUCUGCUGCUCGGUGUGGAGUGUAUCUGUCACUGGGCCGCCGCUGACGUCGUCCAGUGUCAAGUAGCGGACGAUGAUUUCUGCAAGUGUUCCUCCUCUAAUCUGACUCUGGACCUCCGUCGAAUGGGACUCUCCUUCCCGGUUUCAACAAAGGAUGCUGCCGACAAGUAUGAAUACAGCUACACUCCGUGCCAGCCAGUCGUGUGUGGGGACUCUGGGGGAGCUGCUAGUGUUCUGUGUCAGGUGAGGACCGACACAAAGGCGGCCUACUCUGUCGGGAGGUACAACCCUUUCAAUUGGACGAUAACGAGUUUCAAUCCUCUGGCGUUUGAGAUUGUUUACGGCGGAGGAGACAAGGCUGGGAGUGACACUAGGAGCAGUGUGGUUCUCUUUGAGGCAGCAUCAGGGUCUACUCAGUUUACCUAUGAGAGAGAGGCAACAGGGUCCCUAACAUAUUAUUUUGAUGUGACAGGCUCAAGAGUUUCUCCAGACAGAGGAGGAGGAGGAGGAGGUCCCAGUAGCAGUGGAGAUAUAUCUGGACCCAUCGGCCUUGCCAUCAUAUUCCUGGCUCUCGGAGGGUUAGUGGCCUACUUUGUGGUGGGAGGGAUCUUCAUGUACACUCAGAGAGGAGCAAGAGGUGUGGAGGUCAUCCCCAACUAUACCUUCUGGAAAGACCUUCCCUUCCUUCUGAAGGAUGGAUUCCUCUUCACCAUCAGCCCAUGCUACAAGGGCAGAGACGGUUAUCAUGGACUAUAGAACAUUGAAGCCAUAAUAGUUGUGCGCAUGCGCUAUAAUAUAGUAAACGUAAGGGUGAACUCUAGUUGCCCCCAUAUCUUGCUGAGCGCCUGCAGUAGCUCAGUUAGUAGCAGGUUAGCUAGCUGUCGGCUAGGGGGUUAUCAUGUUUCUGCUGCUGUUGCCACUGGUUGUGGGUAUCGCUCACGUGACGUGGAGUGCGGAGAUCUGCUCAGUCAGUGGAGACGACUACUGCAGAUGUAGCACCUCCAACGGCUUGACGCUGGACCUCCGUCACAUUGGUCUCAGCUAUCCGUAUGUUAGCGUACACAUGAGCUUGGUUUUAGCAAUGAGCAUGGCUUUAGCUAUAUGGUUAGUACUUCAUAUUUAGCUAAUUGCUUGUCUUGCGUUUGCUAUGAUAUAUAGUCAGUAAUAGUCUUGGUCUGCAGUGGAAUCUUUACUGCUGGUGUUGUGUGUUGUUAACACAGAGAAGCGGUGGAGGCAGGGGACUAUGUCUAUAUCUACACUCCCUGUACCCUCAGUGCCUGUGCAACCUCGACUGGAGCAAUGUGUCAGGAUGCUCUUGAUGAUGACUUUGAGUACAUAAUUGGGAAGUACACGUCGUUCAGUUGGGAGGUCACGAAUGAUGAUCCCGACAAUCUCCAGUUUGAACUGCACUAUGGCGGAGGAGAUGAAGUUAAAGGAUCUGCCAGGGAAGCAGUGGUGAACUUUGUGAAAGGAGCAGGAGAAACUAAGUUCUCGUACGAUCGUCAAGAUUCCCUCAUUUAUUAUUUCAGUGUGACUGGCAGCGGUAUUACUCCAUACAAUUCCGGCAGUAGAUCAAGUGGUAACAGCAGUGGAGGAGAUGUGUCUGGUCCUAUUGGUCUCUCUCUCAUCUUCCUGGCUCUUGGAGGGUUGGUGGCCUACUUUGUGGUGGGAGGUAUCUUCAUGUACACUAAGAGAGGAGCAAGAGGUGUGGAGGUCAUCCCCAACUAUACCUUCUGGAAAGACCUUCCCUUCCUUUUGAAGGAUGGAUUCUUCUUUACCAUCAGUCCCUGCUAUAGAAGAAGAGACAGCUAUAGUGGUCUAUCAUGAAAUUAAUGUGCGCAUGCGUAUACGCAAUCUGCCGCCAUACUGCGCACGCGCGAUUUUCUGACGCGGAGAUUUUCCCGCUCAGUGCGCUCACUCGCUGUUUUUUUUGCGUCCGUGCAUGAUGGCGUCCAGAACUCUCCUCGCAAUCCUGAGUGUGUUAUCUGUCCUGAUCGUUCAGGGCUCCGCCGUCAACUGUACCAUGGACGCGAGCAAUCCCUGCAAAUGUUCGUUCAUUGACGAGUGGGGCGUCAUGUGGGGCAUCGACAUCAGCGACUACUUCUUUUACCCCGUCUAGCCCAAGUCAGACGAUGCAGAUGAAUACUCAUACUUCUUCACCUGCUAUAAUUCCCAAUGUCCCGAAAACCCAUAUCCCAGUGCAGUGG